AUGACAAGGGUGCAGAAUGUCUCUGCAAUAGUCAGUGAGACUUUACUGGAGUGUGGCUGAACUCAAUUUGACAAAAAAAAAAAAAAGAAAGAUGACUCAGAGUGGAACCUGUACUGCUGGAACUCUCCUUUCCACAUGACAGACCAUCACAGCAUUAAACCAUGGCAGAGAUUUAAACAGUGCCCAGAAGCUCUUCAGAUCACCAGAACAGACUGCCUGGGAAAGCAUCUAAAAUGUGUGAAAGAAGUAUAAGGAUAAGUUCUGUAUGAAUUUAGUCCUGUGGCUUCCAUCAUACCUAAUGACUAUGUUAAAUUUAGAGCAGAAUACAUCAAGGAGAGACAAGUGGCAGAAGAACAUAGCUAUUGGAUUUGCAAGCCUGUGGAUCUCUCCUGUGGAAGGGGCAUACUCAUUUUCCAAGACAUUAUAAACUUAAUAUAUGACUGUACAGUUAUUGUGCAGAAGUACAUUAGCAACUCCUUGCUCACUUCAGGGUAUAAAUUGGAACUGCACCUUUAUGUAUGUGUGAUCAGUUUUUGCCUCCUCACCAUUUAUAGUUAUGAAGAAAUUCUGGUAAGGUUUGCUGCUGAAAAGUUUGACUUCGGUUCUCUGGACAAGGUCUAUUCCCAAAAACACCAGCAUCAACAAAUACAGAGUUUCAUAUUAAAAAUACAAAGAAGGGAUUAUCUGUGA